ACGCCAUCUCGUGCACGGUACUUUUUUCCCAAAACGGGGACCGUGCUCUGAGUAAAACCUUCGCGGAAAACUAGGGCACGGCCGCGGGACGGAAACCCUAUCUCUGUCUGUCUCUCCUCCCCCGCCUCGAUUUCUUCGUCUGAAUUCCACCUCGACUGAACCCGUGCCUUUCCCUUCUCAAGCCCCACCCAUCCUCCCUUUCCCGGGAUCCAAUUUUACGUAUCUUGUCCACCUUUCGUUGCUCCGGCCCGCGGCUUUCCUGGUCCGGUUUCUUCCUCUUCCGUUCCUUGGAUCUGCGUUGUAAUGCUGUGAAUUGGUUGUUUCGAUCGGAAAGUUUGGGUUCUGAAGGGAUUCGUGGGUGGGUAAUGGGGUUUUUGAGGCGAUUUUGAUUUCGGGAGCUGGAAGUGAAGGUGGAGAUCGAUGGCUUGUGGAGGUGCUGGAUCAGGAGUCAAGAGAGUUAGCGAAUUGCCUCUAUAAGAGUCUUAUCACCAUGUACCAUGCAAAGAAAUUUUCAACUAUUUCCAUGGUUCCACAUAAGGCCCAAGGCACUGAGCAACUUGCUAAUGCUGGAGUUAUGGGUGGAUCGAAUGUAAGCAAUACAACUAAUUCUGGGGGAAGUGGGAAACAACGAUUAAGAUGGACAUCAGAUCUUCAUGACCGUUUUGUUGAUGCAAUCACACAACUCGGUGGACCAGAUAGAGCAACACCUAAAGGGGUUCUGCGAGUAAUGGGUGUACCUGGAAUUACAAUAUAUCAUGUAAAGAGCCACUUACAGAAGUACCGCCUUGCAAAAUAUCUACCAGAAUCUCCGACUGAUGGUUCAAAAGAUGAAAAGAAGGACUCUGGUGAUUCACUCUCUAGCAUGGAUUCCGCAUCAGGAGUACAGAUCAGUGAAGCUUUGAAGAUGCAAAUGGAGGUUCAGAAGCGGCUCCAUGAACAACUUGAGGUCCAAAGACAGUUGCAGCUGAGAAUUGAAGCUCAGGGGAGAUACCUGCAGAAAAUAAUCGAGGAGCAGCAGAAGCUAGGUGGUGCCCUUAAAUCCACGGAGGAAAGUCAAAAACCCUCUGAAUCUCCAUCGGCUUCACAGGACUGCCUUGGUGACCCUUCUCCACUCAAGAAACCAAGAAUUGCUGAUCAGUCACCAGAUGCGGCCGAUGAAACACCUCUACCAGAGUCCAAACCCGAUUUCAUCGGUCAGUGGGAUCGAGAAUUCUAUGAUAGUAGUGUUACUCGUUUUGCAUUUGAGUCACGGUCAGAAUUCAAAGAAGGUGGAAAUAAUCAUGAGCAGCAGGAGCAGCAGUUUGUGGGGGCUAAUGCUGACAGAAGUUAAAGUGGAGGUCCCAAGCAAAGAGGUCCGAUCGGUCACAUGACCUGCCCCCAUUUUAUUGGUUCGUCUAAAUCAGAAUGUGUCAUCUUUUGUGAUCACUCCAAGCAGAUGAGUGUGCUGUCCAUGCAAUGCCUUGUACAAUUCAUGCAUUCUAAGCCAUUUGUAAUUAUAUCUACCAUCUAGUACUAGUACCGGUUCACCAAAGAUUUUUUUGCCACAUGGUAAUAUGGCAGUUGUAUUUGUGGUGGAAGCUAAAACUAGGAGGCAGUUAUGCACUCUCCUCUGAAAUAUGAAGUUUGUUGCUGCUUUCUGAUUGAACUCGCAGAGACAACAAAGUUUUGUUUGUCAUUUUGUACUAAAUUCACUAUUUAGUGGGGCCAGUUUCUAUGA